CUCUAUUGUUAGACGUUUUCAUAUAUGUUCAUCCCUUUUCGCUUAAAUAAAAUUAAAGGGAAAAAAAUAGCAAGAUACCACCUAUAAAAAUAGCUAGUAGUGUAUAAGCAAGAGCAAAACACUCCGAUUCAUCAUAUCGUCUCUUAAAUAAGAGUUGCGAUCUCUCCUUUGGUCCACACAAUAUGGAGAACAAAUUUGAAGAUGAUCAAUUUCACGAGUUCUACCAAAAGCUACCUAAAAAACGUCAGCUGUUUGCUCAAUACAGAGGCUCUUGGUUCAUGGAACCGGUUCUGCGUGGUGUAGUGGCAUUCCAACAACACUUUGAAGCCCAAGAUUCCGACAUCAUCUUAGCCACCAUGCCUAAAGCCGGUACCACGUGGCUUAAAGCCCUAACCUUCGCCAUUGUUAACCGGCACAAAUUCCCGAUUUCGGAAAGCCCUUUGCUCUUCCAAAACCCUCAUCUACUUGUUCCUUUCCUUGAACUCCAUCUUUACAAGGAAGGCCAAAUCCCCGAUCCGAACUCCCUCAACGUUGCUGGCGGCGAACGGCGAGUUUUGGGGACACAUUUACCUUACCAGUGCCUGUCAGAAACCGUCCUGGAUACUUCUGGUUGUCGAAUCGUCUAUCUCUGUCGAAACAUUUUGGAUGUGUUUACCUCUUAUGUCCAUUUCUUGGUUAAAAAUGGGGUUUACCCGGAUUUGUCGCAAAAGAGUUGGGAGAACCUUCUCGAUGCAUUUUGUGAGGGCACAAAUCAAUAUGGUCCUUUCUGGGAUCACAUCAAGGGAUACAAAGAGGCAAGCUUGAAAAACCCUAACAAAGUGUUGUUCUUGCAUUACGAGGAGCUUAAAAAGGAUACCAAAUCUUGUGUCAAGAAAAUGGCCGAGUUCUUGGGAUGCCCAUUUUCUACGCAAGAAGAAGAAGAUGAAUCGGUUGAAGGAAUCAUAAAGCUUUGUAGCCUCGAAAACCUCAAGAACUUGGAAUGUAAUAAACAUGGGGACACAGGAUCCGUGUACAGCUUUAAGUGCAGUUCACAUUUCAGGAAAGGAGAGAUUGGAGAUUGGGCGAAUUUUCUCACUCCUUCCGUGGCUGAACGCCUUGAAAGCUUGAUGAAAGAAAAGUUUGAAGAAUCAGGUUUGGAUCUAAAUAUUCAUUAGCGAAAUGAAAUCUUUUGUUGAAGGAUCAGCUUUGAAACCAAGACACUGUUUCUCUAUAUAGAUAUAUCAUGAAUAAGUGAUGCCUCCCUCAAUUAGUAAACCUAAGUUUACUGUUUACCAUUAUGUACUGUCUGGGAGUUUGUUUCAUUUGCUAUUUUCAUUAAUUGAAUUGUCAUUAAUGUUGCAAUAAGACCAAAUUCGAGGCUUUCGGCUAUGCAUAAUUUUUUUUUUCUUUCUAA